AUGAAUGCUCAACCUCGGUCGGCCCUGGCCCUAGCAGCUCGCUAUGCCGUCCCCUUCGGGCUGCUCUUGAUCCCUAUCUGGAUGACCCAAGUCAACUCCGUCGUCCCCGAGCCAUACCUCGAUGAAGCAUUCCAUAUCCCCCAAGCGCAAGCAUACUGGUCGCAUCAAUGGACACAGUGGGAUCCCAAGAUCACUACUCCGCCUGGACUCUAUCUCUUCUCGUACGCCGUCUGUGCCCUUAUCCUUCUCCUUCGCGGUUCCCCCGAACAUCUAGAUCCCCCGGCACUCCGGGCGACCAACGCGGCGGCCGCAGCUGUCUUGCUCCCCUUGAGACUGCAGACCGCACUCGACACUGUGCGGAAGCAACGGAAUACCCGUCCUUCUGGCGCCUGGUUAAGCCAUACGGUGCUGAACAUCUGUCUAUUUCCGCCGCUGUUUUUCUUCUCGGGAUUGUACUACACUGAUGUCCUAGCGCUGCUGGUGGUUAUUGAGGCGUAUAAUUGGGAUUUGAGUCGCGGGCGGCCGAACGCGGUGAAGCUUGAGACGGCGGUGUUUUUGGUACUUGGGGUGCUGGCACUGCUUUUCAGGCAGACGAAUAUCUUCUGGGUAUCGGUUUUCUUCGGCGGAUUGCAGGUUGUGAGGAGGCUUCGUAGGGUUACGAAGAAUUGCGAAUCGACCAACGUGGCUGAUAUUUUGGCUGCUGGGUCCAGAAAUGAGCUGUAUGACCCCUUGGUCUUGGAUGCCUCCCUUGUUGACUAUGUCAAGACCGCCGCUUCUCUUUGCUCUGUUGCGUUGAAUAACUUAGGGUCUGUGAUUACCUCGCUGGUCCCGUACCUGAUCAUUCUGGCCACAUUCGGAGGAUUUGUUCUGUGGAAUGGCAGUGUUGUUAUGGGCCACAAGGAGUUCCAUACGGCCAGCUUACACAUAGCUCAGAUGUUGUACAUCUGGCCCUACUUCGUCUUCUUCUCGUGGCCUCUUCUUCUGGUCCCAAUGGCCAAUAUCGUCCUUCCCAAAUUCAUGCUGCCGAAAUUCCUCAAUCAAGGCUUUCCGGCUUCGCGGAGAAGGCUUCCAAGUCUUCUGACUGUGUUGAUCAUCCUUCCAAUCAUGCUCGCUGUGGUGCAUUUCAACACCAUUGUCCAUCCGUUCACCCUUGCCGAUAAUAGGCACUACGUCUUCUACGUAUUCCGCAUUUUGCUGAAUUCUCAUCCGUAUACGAGAUAUGUCGCUACUCUUGUCUACUUCCUCGGCGCGUGGAUGAUCAUCUCCGCCAUGGGUUAUUCACCUGUCACGGCUGCUCCUGGGUUGGCUUCAGUCGUUAGAACGCAGGCACCGCCCGCGUCAGCGACCUCGGCAGAGGAGCGAACCGAAAAGACGCAAAAGCUGGAGCGCAAGCAGAAAGGCUUUAAAAAAUCGGCCCAAGUGGCCUCUUCAGCUCCUGCCCCAAUCGACCCUAAAGUCCUCGCUGACCUCCAAGAGCAUAUUAGGCGGCGCCAACGACUUGAACAUGAGACAUCCCGCGUGAGCUUUGUUCUUGUUUGGCUGGCUGCCACAGCUCUAUCACUCAUCAGCGCUCCCCUCGUUGAACCACGAUACCUCAUUAUCCCCUGGGUAAUGUGGAGGCUUCAUCUACCACCAUCUCCAACGCCAGUGAUUUACCGUCGGGCUAGCGAUGAGAAGGAUCUUGAAGCGCGGAUCGCGGUCAACUUCCCCUUGUUUCUUGAGACGGUGUGGUUCUUGCUUGUUAAUGUGAUUACUGGGACGCUUUUCCUGCGGGGUGGUUUUGAAUGGCCGCAGGAACCGGGGAAAGUUCAGCGGUUUUUGUGGUGA